ACGGUAACACCUAAUGCUAUGCGCGAGGUCGAGGAUCUUUUCGAAGAUGCACUCGGCUCCCUCUUCAACAUCACUCAACCUGCGGAGGGCAACGCUGGACAGGUAUUGACUUACGAGCAUUCUGCCGUGGGAACGGUGAUCUUCCGUGUGGUUGAUGUCGAAGCCAAGAAUUCUAAGCUUGCUGCACAGUGGCAGUGGUCCAGCGGUCGCGCCCUAUCAGAUCUGCUUUGUGAAGCAAGCCAGUGUCAAAACCAAGAUCUAGCCAGCGCACAGCUGCUUAAUCCUGCAGGAAAGGCGAUCAUAGAGCUAGGAUCGGGAUCCGGCCUGCCAACAAUUGUUGCGACUCGUCUCGGCGCUCUGUUGGGCCUUGCAACAGACUACCCCGAUGUCAAGCUCAUAGCGUGUCUUCGAGCAAAUGUGGAACCAGCUGGGGCACAUGCGAUUCCAUUGUUGUGGGGAGAGAACCAGGCGACAAAAUUGGCUCUCAAUCGGCUUCCCGAACAUCUCGAUGGUUACGAUCUAGUGAUGUGCAGCGACGUCCUAUGGAUGAGCAAUGCCCAUGACGGUCUGCUGGAGUCCAUACAUGCACUCCUCGGCCAUUCUAUGAAUGCCAGAGCAAUCCUUGUAAACGGCUUUCACACUGGCCGACGAGUUUUGGGAGACUUCUUCAAGCGAGCGGUCGACUUCGAUUUGAUUCCAGAUUGGGAACUUCCAUUUGGAGGGAUCUGGGAACGUACGGCUGGGAAGGAACCACUUGCAUGGCAGGGUGCGUCCAUUCCCUAUUGGUCUUCAGCAGAGAAUCAAAUCUUGCAUUCAAAUUCGCAUGAAGACGCAGACAUAAUAGAUGAAAUGGAAAUCGAGGAGAGGGGAAGCUGGCUUGUGUAUUGUAUCCUACGG